UCCUGGGAUUCUGGGCCGUUUGCUCGGUACAGUGCCUGGCACCUAACAGGAGCUUGGGAAGUAUUUGCUGACUGAUUGCUCCGAACAGGAAAAAUGAGGGGACGAUCACAGCAACCAGUGGGGCGGCAAUUACGACCCCCAUGGCAGAGAUGAAACCGAGGCGCCAAGUGACUCCAUUCACGCUCCUCCGCGGCCUAAGCGGAACCAAAGCCCUAGGCCUCACUCCGGAUCCCCCCCGCGCUCCUCCCAGCACCAUCCACACCUGGCACCCACCCCGCACUUCCGGAUUCCGCUCCGCCCACCAGCGAGUCCUUCCGGCCUCCAGCGCUGGAAGCCGCAGCCGGGAACCGGGGGUUCCACCAUGAGCGAGACUUUGCUGCCACUUCUGAUUUGAAACGGAACCUCUGGUUGUGCUGGCCGUGAGUGCUGGGACUCCGCAGACUGUAUGCCUUGAUGUUCAGGACCUGCGGCUAUGGGUGCCAGGUGGAGCUGAAAGCAGUGGGGCAUGGCUGUAGCCCUGCAGGUCUUGCCCCGCUUGGCCCGAGCCCCAUUACGCCCACUCCUCUGGGGGGGCCCAGGGGCACGGCUGGCCAGUGGCAUGGCCUUGGCAGAGCAGGCUCGGAUGCUGUUUGAGAACACUAUUGGUGCCGUGCUGCCAGGCCCCAUGAUGCACCGGGCACUGUCCUUGGACCCCAGCAGCGGGCAGCUGAAGGUGCGGGAUCGGAGCUUUCAGCUGCGGCAAAACCUCUACCUGGUGGGCUUCGGCAAGGCUGUGCUGGGCAUGGCAGCUGCAGCCGAGGAGCUACUGGGCCAGCAUCUGGUGCAGGGCGUGAUCAGCGUUCCCAAGGGGAUCCGUGCUGCCGUGGAGUGCAGUGGCAAGCAGGAGAUGCUACUGAAGCCACACAGCCGUGUCCAGGUUUUUGAGGGUGCAGAGGACAACCUGCCAGACCGUGAUUCGCUGCGGGCUGCGUUAGCCAUCCGGCAGCUGGCCGAAGGGCUGACAGCUGACGACCUGCUGCUCGUGCUCAUCUCAGGUGGGGGCUCGGCCCUGCUGCCCGCCCCCAUCCCACCCGUCACACUGGAGGAGAAGCAGACACUCACCAAGCUGCUGGCGGCCCGCGGAGCCACAAUCCAGGAGCUGAACACCAUCCGGAAGGCUCUGUCCCAGCUCAAGGGUGGGGGGCUCGCUCAGGCUGCCUACCCUGCCCAGGUGGUAAGCCUGAUUCUGUCGGACGUGGUGGGAGACCCUGUGGAGGUGAUCGCCAGCGGCCCCACCGUGGCCAGCGUCCACAAUGUGCAGGAUUGCCUGCACAUCCUUAAUCGCUAUGGCCUCCGUGCUGCCCUGCCACGUUCGGUGAAAACUGUGCUGGCCCGGGCCGACUCGGACCCUCACGGGCCGCACACCUGCGGCCACGUCCUCAAUGUGAUCAUCGGCUCCAACGCACUGGCACUGGCUGAGGCCCGGCGGCAGGCGGAGGCGCUGGGGUACCGGGCCGUGGUGCUGAGUGCAGCCAUGCAGGGCGACGUGAAAAGUGUGGCCACGUUUUACGGGCUGCUGGCCCGAGUGGCUGGAGCCCACCUCACUCCGCCCGGUGGCGCCGGGGUCUCUGUGGAGGAGGAGGAACAGCUCCAUGAGCAGGCGGCGGCGCUCCAGCUCCCAGACCUGCAGCUGAAGGAGGCCCUGGAGGUCGUGAAGGGGGCUCAGGGCCCCAUCUGCCUGCUGGCUGGUGGGGAGCCCACCGUGCAGUUGCAGGGCUCGGGCAAGGGUGGCCGGAACCAGGAACUGGCCCUGCGUGUCGCCACAGAGCUGGGACAGCGGCCGCUGGGGCCCGUCGACGUGCUGUUUCUGAGUGGCGGCACCGAUGGGAGGGACGGACCCACGGAUGCAGCCGGGGCCUGGGUUAUGCCUGAGCUUGCCAGCCAGGCCACCGCUGAGGGCCUGGAUGUGGCCACUUUCCUAGCCCACAACGACACACAUACCUUCUUCCAUCGCUUCCAGGGCGGGGCCCACCUGCUGUACACAGGGCUGACGGGCACCAACGUCAUGGACGUCCACUUCCUGUUCCUGCGGCCGCGGUGAUAACAUAAGUCAUGAUCUGGGAGUCCAGAGAAGGCCUACAGGGCAGCUUCUGGGCAGACCAGGGUCGGUCCCCAGGGCCUCCCCAGGCCUGAGGGCCCCUCCUCGCCUUGGCCCCCGGCUGCAUGGUUGGCCUUUACACUUCCCACCCAGGGCCUCUGCUUCAUGUCCAUUCCCCCAACCACAACGGCACGAUGGCGGCUCUCUUCCGCCCCUAAUUUCAGCCCUGGCAGCAGUACCCCUGAGGCCAAGACAAGCCUCUUGGCCUGUUCCCGGUAUUCCCUAAGCAGCCCCACUGCUGAGCUCCUGAGCCUGUUUCUCUGUGGGGCGGAACAAGAAGGACUGAAAAUAAAAAGGACCACUCGA